AUGCAAGCCAUCAGCCACCGGCAGAGGUGGACUAGCCUCCCCAGCCCUACCGUGCGUGAGGCAGCCUCCAUGUAUGGCACUGCUGUGGCCAUAUUCCUGGUCAUCCUGGUGGCUGCACUACAGGGCUCAGCCCCUGCUGAGAGCCCUUUCCCCUAUCACAUCCCCCUGGACCCUGAGGGGACCCUGGAGCUGUCCUGGAACGUCAGCUAUGCCCAGGAGGCCGUCCACUUCCAGCUCCUCGUGCGGAAGCUCAAAGCCGGCAUACUCUUUGGCAUGUCUGACCGUGGUGAGCUGGAGAAUGCCGAUCUUGUCGUGCUCUGGACCGAUGGGGACAGCGCCUAUUUUGGGGAUGCCUGGAGUGAUGAGAAGGGGCAGAUACAUCUGGAUUCUCAGCAGGAUUACCAGCUGCUGCGGGCACAGAAGACUCCAGAAGGCCUGUACCUACUCUUCAAGAGGCCUUUUGACACCUGUGACCCCAAGGAUUACUUCAUUGAGGAUGGCACAGUGCACCUGGUGUAUGGCAUCCUGGAACAACCAUUCCCAUCACUGGAGGCCAUCAACACAUCAGGUCUGCAGACAGGGCUGCAGAGGGUACAGCUGCUGAAGCCUGACAUCUCGGUGCCCGCAUUGCCCAAGGACCUGAGCACCAUGGAAGUCCAUGCUCCUGACAUCAUGAUCCCCAGCCAGGAGACCACAUAUUGGUGCUACAUCACCGAGCUCCCGGCUGGCUUCUCACGGCACCACAUUGUCAUGUAUGAGCCCAUUGUUACCAUGGGCAAUGAGGCCCUGGUCCACCACAUGGAGAUCUUCCAGUGUGUUGCUGACUUCGAGAGCUUCCCCCACUUCAGUGGGCCCUGCGACUCCAAGAUGAAGCCGGAUCGGCUCAACUACUGCCGCCACGUACUGGCUGCCUGGGCCCUGGGUGCCAAGGCAUUUUACUACCCAGAGGAGGCUGGCCUGGCCUUCGGAGGCACCGGCUCCUCCAGAUACCUCCGCCUGGAGGUUCAUUACCACAACCCCCUGAAGAUUGCAGGCCGGCGCGACUCCUCUGGCAUCCGCCUGUACUACACGGCCUCGCUGAGGCGAUACGAUGCCGGCAUCAUGGAGCUGGGCCUGGUGUACACGCCUGUGAUGGCCAUCCCACCGGGGGAGCAUGCCUUCAUGCUCACAGGCUACUGUACGGACAAGUGCACACAACUGGCGCUACCACCCUCGGGGAUACACAUCUUUGCCUCACAGCUGCACACUCACCUGACUGGGCGGAAGGUGGUCACAGUGCUGGCCCGGGAUGGCUGUGAGAGGGAGGUGGUGAACAGGGACAAUCACUACAGCCCCCACUUCCAGGAGAUUCGCAUGCUGAAGAAGGUGGUGUCCGUUCACCCUGGGGAUGUGCUCAUCACUUCCUGCACAUAUAACACGGAGGACAGGAAGAUGGCUACCGUGGGGGGCUUUGGGAUCCUGGAGGAGAUGUGCGUCAACUACGUGCACUACUAUCCCCAGACGCAGCUGGAGCUCUGCAAGAGUGCGGUGGACCCCGGCUUCCUGCAGAAGUACUUCCACCUGGUGAAUAGGUUCAACAGUGAGGAUGUCUGCACCUGCCCGCAGACCUCUGUGCCACAGCAGUUUGCCUCUGUCCCUUGGAACUCCUUCAACCGAGAUGUGCUCAAGGCCCUCUACGGCUUCGCCCCAGUCUCCAUGCACUGCAACAAGUCCUCAGCUAUCCGCUUCCAGGGUGAGUGGGAUCUGCAGCCGCUGCCCAAGAUCACCUCCACUCUGGAAGAACCCACCCCACAGUGCCCCCCUAGCCGAGUCCAGAGCCCCAGCGGCCCCACCAUGGUCAGCAUUGGUGGGGGCAAAGGUUGA